AUGUCGAUCGAGGCGGGCGUCGAUUCAGCGGCCGCCAACCUCAACCUCAAUCCAGAAGAGAAACGACUCUAUGGACAGCUGUUCCGACAGGCCGAUACUGGUAAUGCUGGCGUCGUCACUGGCGAGGUCGCCGUCAAGUUCUUUGACAAGACACGGCUCGACUCGCGCGUCCUAGGCGAGAUUUGGCAAAUCGCCGACAAGGAGAACCGUGGCUUUCUCACACCCGCAGGCUUCGGCAUCGUUCUCCGUCUCAUAGGCCACGCUCAGGCCGGUCGCGAACCCACCCCUGAGCUCGCCUUCCAGCCUGGCCAGCUCCCCCGAUUCGAUGGAUUCGGCCCUCAGCCCGCGGCCUUGGGUUCGCCCCAGCCUCCCGCCGCCCUCCAGCCCCAGGGCUCUGGUAGCGCGAUUCGCAUCCCCCCCCUGACCCCCGACAAGGUCGCCCAGUACGCCGCCGUCUUCGAGCGCCAGCCCCUCAUCAACAACACCCUUGCCGGCGACCAGGCCAAGCAGAUAUUCGAGAAGAGCGGCCUGCCCAAUGAGAUCCUCGGCCGCAUAUGGAUGUUGGCCGACACCGAGCAGCGCGGCGCCCUCGUCCAGACCGAAUUCGUCAUCGCCAUGCACCUCCUCACCUCGAUGAAGACGGGCGCCCUGCGCGCCCUACCCAACAUCCUCCCCGCCCCGCUCUACGAGGCCGCCACUCGCCGCGGCUCUCCUGUCGCCGUGGCCGCCCCGCGCCAGUCACCCUCCAACACGGGUUCCGGCAUACCCGGCGUCCCCGGUGUCAUUCCUCGCCAGACGACCGGCCACGCUCAGCCUCCCGGCAGCCCGCUCGGCCGCCCUCCCAUCGUCGCCGCCCGCGCCGCCGGUGCCGGUCUUGGCGAGUCCGACUGGGUUGUCAACCCCGCCGACAAGGUCAAGUUCGACCAGAUCUUUGCCGACCUCGACAAGGGGGCCAAGGGAUUCAUCACCGGCGAGGAGGCCGUGCCCUUCUUCAGCCAGUCCAACCUCGGCGAGGACGCCCUCGCCCAGAUUUGGGACCUCUCAGACAUCAACUCCACCGGCCAGCUUUCGCGCGAGGAGUUUGCCGUCGCCAUGUUCCUGAUUAGGCAACAGCGUGGCAACCGCACGAUCCCGCUGCCCACCGUCCUACCCCCCAACUUCGUACCUCCCAACAUGCGCGGCCCUAGGCCCCAGAUGCCCCCUCAGAUGACCGGCGCCGCCGGCGUCUCUGCCUACGACGCCCAGCCGGUCGCUGCGCCGGCGCCCCCGCCGCAGCCCAAGUCGGCUCUCGAUGACUUGUUUGGUCUCGAUUCCCCCUCGGCCAGCCCGGCCCCUCCGGUGUCUCGCGACCUGCCCGCUGGUGCCUCGGCCACCAACGACGCCGACCCCUUUUCCGGCGGUCCGUCGUCGCCCACCAGGACUGCUGCCGGGGGUGCCUCGUUCAAGCCGUUUGUGCCCACUUCUUCGUUCGGCCGUGGGCUGGCGCCUCAGCCGUCGGGUGGAAGUGGUGUCGGUAGCGGAGGUGACCUGCUCUCGGACGACGAGCCUGAGGAGACCAAGAAGAUUUCCGGCGAGAGCACCGAGCUGGCCAACCUGUCUAACCAGAUCAGCUCGCUGGCCAAGCAGACGCAGGAGACGCAGGGCAAGAGGACAUCGACGCAAAAUGACCUGAACCAGACUAACACGCAGAAGCAAAACUUUGAGCAGCGUUUGACGCAGCUGCGCGCCCUGUACGAGAAGGAGGCUGAGGAGACGCGAGCCCUCGAGGACCAGCUGCGCAAGUCUCAGCAGGAGACGAGGAAGCUGCAGAGUGAUUGCAUGGCGCUCGAGGGCUCUUACGCCGACGCCAGGACUCAGCACCAGGAGGUGGCCAAUGCCCUGCAGGCUGACCAGCAGGAGAACGCCCGCCUCAAGGAGCGCAUUCGUGGCAUCAACGCCGAGAUUGCCCAACUCAAGCCCCAGAUCGACAAGCUCAAGUCCGAAGGCCGCCAGCAAAAAGGUCUCGUCGCCAUCAACAAGAAGCAGCUCUCCACCAGCGAGGGCGAGCGCGACAAGCUCAAGGCCGAAGUCGACGAGCUCUCCAAGUUGCCCCCCGGCAUCGACGACUCGGCCACCAUGACGCGCGCUGCCUCCCCGCGCGCCGCCUCCCCGCGCGCCGCCUCCCCGCGCGCCGCGUCUCCACCCGUCGCCAGCCCUGCCGCCUCCACCACCAGCGGCAACAACCCCUUCUUUAGGCGCACCGCCAGUACUGACAUCAUGGGCGCCUUCUCCGGCUCCGCCCCUCCCUCCAGGAACGUCAACGAAGACUCCUUCGACGACGUCUUUGGCCCUCACGCCCCGGCCUCGACGGCCACCCCCCCGCCCCAGCCCACCCCCGUGUCUGCCUUCAAGCAGCAGAACACGGGCAACUCGGCUGCCAGUGGCGGUUCCGGCGCCCCCACCCCGGUCACCGCAUCUCCCAGCAUCAGCCGCCAGGCCACCCUCAAUGUUGAGCCCCCCGCCCCUCCCGAGUCUCGCCAGAUCAGUUCCAGCUUCCUGCCCUUUCCCGACCACCCUGAGUCGCUGAGCUCCUCGCGCCAAGUCUCGCCGCCGGCUUCCCGCGGCGACACCGCGUCCGCGACGACCGACUACCAGAGCCACUUCCCCGGCCCUGCUGUUGCUGCCGGAGCCGUUACCGGUGUUGCUGCCGGAGCUGCCGUUGCCACCGCUUCCUCCCCCACCACAGAAGUCCCCGGUGCCUUUCCCGGCGAUGAUAGCGACAAGCAGGACACGCCGAGCGGAAUACCCGCCCCUGCCGACGUCACGAACCCUACUGCUGCUGAUGGAGCUCCCCGCGCAGUCUCAUCGUCGGACCCCUUCGCCAGCAUGGACCAGGCCAAGGCUAAGGAGGAUUUCGACAAUGCCUUUGCGGCCUUUAGCUCCUCCAGCACCAGGGGCGCCGCCCAGGAGGGCAGCAAGCCCGGUGCCGAUGCUGUCGCCAAGGGCAAGUCAUUCGCCUUCGACGCCGAGUUCCCUCCUAUCUCGGAGCUUCAGCGUGAUGAUGAGUCCGACUCGGAUAGUGACGGUGGGGGUUUCGAUGACGACUUCUCCCCUGCUUCGCCUGGGAACCUCAAGACGGAUGCUCCUGCUCCUGCUCCUGUCCCUGCUCCUGCUCCUGCUCCUGCCGCUGGUGCUGCUUCUGCCCCCACUCGGGAGUCUGCGGACAAGUCUACCGCCGACGGCAUCUUUGGCAAGACAGACACUACUGCCACCGGCGCCACUGGUAACAACAAUGCUUCGUUUGAUGAUCUGAGUGACGACUUUGAAGGUCUCGAGGACGCCAAGGAAGGAUCGGCAGACGACGACUUUGCCAACAUUUCCCGCUCCGGUCUCGACGACUUCAACCCCAUGUUUGACAGCCCCCCUCCUAGCCAGGCAAAGGGCGAGUCUAACCCCGCCGCCACUGCGGCUGCCGCUUCUUCAGCAGGCUUCGGUGGUAAUAGCAGCGUCGCCAACGAGAGUAGCGGCGGCAGCUUCGACUUCAUCUCGUCGGCUGGCAGCCAAACGCAGAAGUCCAACACGGCUGACUCGCACGAUUGGGAUGCCAUCUUUGCCGGUCUCGACUCUUCUUCCUCCGCUGCUCCUGGCACCGCCAAGAACGAUGCCACUGCCACUACUGGUGGACUGGCGGCUCCCACUGCCGAACGUCCCCCCGGUCCCGGUCGCGCUCUGACCGAGGCGGGUGAGCAUGAUGACCCCAUGGUUAAGAGCCUCAUGGAUCUGGGAUAUUCUCGCCCUGAUGCGGUUUCAGCCUUGGAAAAGUAUGAUUAUAACCUCGAGAGGGCUGCCAAUCACCUAGCCAACCAGUCUUGA